GGAGGCUCUUAUUUCGAAGUUUGCGCCACAGCGAUGGAUAUGGCCAAUCCUCUUACCUCUGUCAUGGAUUUGAUGCGGCGUCUACCGCCGCAAAAGAUUAAUCAUACUUUGGUGGAUGUAAUCUCACUUAAACCAGAACACUGUGAAGAUAUUUUAAGCUCAGUGGACCAACCUUUAAAGAUCGCAAGAGAUGUCCAUGCUGAUCGUGAUUAUUUAUUAUGCGAUUAUAACAGAGAUGGUGAUUCUUAUCGAUCACCUUGGUCAAAUACCUAUGACCCACCAUUAGAAGAUGGAGCUAUGCCAAGCGAAAGUCUUCGUAAACGAGAAAUAGAAAUUAAUACAGCUUUUGAUCAAUACAGAGAAAUGUAUUAUGAGGGAGGGAUAUCUUCAGUUUACCUAUGGGAUAUGGACCAUGGAUUCGCUGGGGUUAUUCUGAUAAAAAAAGCUGGUAAUGCUAAGUUGGCUAGCGGUUGUUGGGACUCAAUACAUGUUAUUGAUGUUGUUGAAAGGCCUUCCGCUAAAAUAUCCUUAUAUAAGCUUACAAGUACCGUUAUGUUAUGGCUUCAAACUCAACGAGAAUCUGCAGGUUAUUUCAAUCUCGGUGGUAGUCUUUCAAGAUUCAGUGAACGUGAACUUCCUUUGGGAGACUCAGGUGUUCCAAUAACUACGUCACAUAUUGUUAAUAUUGGACGUAUGGUAGAAGAUGUUGAAAACUCAAUCCGCUCAACGCUCAAUGAAGUAUAUUUCGGUACAACCAAGAAUAUUGUUGACUCAUUACGUUCUAUCGUACCUGCUUCAGAAGAGGAAAAACGUCGGCGCUUAGUUCAAGAAGUACACACAGCCUUACAAAAUAAGUCCCAGUCAUAGAUACGUUUAAUCUCAUCACAUUUAGCUCUAACAUGCGCUAAUAACUUUUUGAUUUUUUUCUUAAAUACUGAAUAUCUAAAGAAUGCUCAGUAUUUCUUUUAAAUGAUUACCAUCCCUCUUUUAUGCGCUAUUCAGUUGCGUGGUUUUUAUUUGUGGUAUUUGUAAACUUCAGAGUAUCUGAGACUUACAAAACUUUUUCCAUUGUUAGAAAAACUUCACAUCGGUUAUUCUCAUAUAUGUCGCUUUUUUAUAAUAUCAUUCCUGUUAACAAUAUUUUUUGAAGUCAACUUUAAAGAUAACCUCAAAUACGUAUAUUUCAUAAUUCUACUUUAGUAUUUUCACUGUGCAAAACAGAAUUAUCACUGACCCUUUCUUUUGUUAACGGUGGUUGGUGAUAAUCUGUUUUUAAAACUGUUAUUGACUUUAUUGCACAAUUGGAGUUGAGAAACUAUCAGACUAAUCAAGUUCCACUAAACUUUGUUUAUUUGUUUUAUGUGCUUAGUUUUGAUAUACCUAUAGUUAUUGUCUUGUAUUGUCAUUGUGAGGGUUUCCAAGGUGUUUUCAUCACAGUAUUUUGAAUAAAACUGAUCUUUAACGUUGUCAGACUGUUGCCAGUGGGGCGCACAUCUGCUUCUCAUUUCACCAUGUUUUUCGAGGAAUUUGGGUUGAGUUUGAAGGUUAGUUUCGUAUUGAUUCCCGAAUUUAAUAUUAUGGGAGAUGUCGUUGAUCGAUGGCUUCAAGUCUAUUCAGUACAUUUGCUUAUUUAACCGUAAUUUUGUGUCUUCAGAUCACAGCUUUUGCGACUGGUUUAUUACAGAUAAACAAAGAUCGACAUUAUCAGUGAGACAACUCUAUCAGCGUAUAUCUUUCCAGGUGCCUUAAACGCAUGUAAAAAUGUGUCAUUUAAUGGGAGACAUCUGUAACUUGGGGGCCUUCUCGAGUUGAGCGGGGAUAGUAUCUCACAACUUAUAUCUAAGUCAAACCUCGUGUUAAUGCGUAACAUUGGUUACUCUUCCGUUGCAUCUAGGUAUUGUAACUACCUUGAUGAUCGUAUAGGAAGAGCAUACCAAUAUUGCAGAAUUAUGUUAUUAAGAAUAAGUGGAAGGAAAGGAUUGCUACCACUGACAUCUGGGCCUGUUCAUGAUGUGCCACUGGUCUGUGCGCGUCACUUGUCAUUGGUGAGGGUCGGGAGAUUGUUUGACAUCCAGUGACGUGACUGCAGGGUGAUUUGGCUGUGGUUUACUGAUAUUUCAUAUUUGAAUACUAUAAUUUUUCUCAUUCAAGUGUUUGAAUUUACUUUAAAUGACCGUCCGCCUAUUUGUAAACCUAAUGAAUGUUGGAUUGAACAAACCCUUUUAUGGUUCGUGAAAUAGCAUAACACCCUUCAUAUUGAUCCAAGUUUAAAAGAACCUGUUAACAAUGUAUGAAAGUCGAGCUAGAGUAUUUAGUGAAAUCAAAUGUUUUACGCAUACCUCUGCUAAAAUUGCUUCAGUGGCGUAAACAUCUAUACAGGGAUAAGGCUGGAAGAAACAAGUUAGAAGCCUGAAAUAUUUCACG